AUGGGUUUGAACAUCACAUUUCAUGGGUUCAGACUCAUGCCAUCGAGAAUUCGCUAUGAAUAUUCACAAAGCUGGAAUGCUGCGCUUUACGAUGUUAAACUUGUGCAGAGGGGAAGCAGCAGUCGACAAGAAGCGAGCAGAGAAAAAGAUCUGGAUAAGCCUGUGCUCACGGUGCACCAGACGGUGGGUGAUGUACGAGGGAACUACUAUCAGGAGAAAACAGUGUUUUUACGCUGUACGGUAAACUCCAACCCUCCCGCUCGCUUUAUCUGGAAACGAGGAAAUAAACCAAUCGAACAGAGCAAAGACAACGGCGUGGACAUCUACGAGCCUCUGUAUACACAGGGUGAGACAAAGGUGCUGAAACUGAAAAACCUCCGUCCACAGGACUUUGCUAAUUACACCUGUCAGGUGUCCGUCCGGAACGUUUGUGAUAUUCCAGACAGCUCUGUCACCUUUCGCCUUACCAACACCACCACCCCCCCUGCUCUAAAGCUGUCUGUGAAUGAGACGUAUGUGGUGGACCCAGGCCAAGACGUCACGCUGUCGUGUGAGGUAACAGCGGGCUUCCCCACACCUAGGGUCACCUGGUCGCGGUACCCUGGGUCCCUCCCUCAGCGCUCCGUGAUCCAAGGCGGGUCCCUCACUCUCCGGUCCGUCACUCCCACUGAUGCCGGCGUCUACAACUGCACAGCCGUCAACAAUGUGGGAAACCCUGCGAGAAGAACCGCCAACCUCAUUGUGAGAACCAUGAAGAACUUAACAUUCCAGAUCACGCCGGAUUCCAACAAAGACAGUGAGAGCAUACAGAUGGGUCGAGACCUCAAACUUUCCUGCCACGUUGACGCCCAGCCUCAGGACAAGGUGAACUACACCUGGUACAAGAAUGGAGCGCUCAUCUACCCCACCGACAGCCUCAUCGUGCUGCGCAGUGACCCAGACAUGCCACCCGCUACCAGCAGUCUGGAAAUCGUGGACAUGAAGUUCAGAGAUCAGGCCACCUACAGCUGCGUAGCGAACUUCCCUGGGAGCAGCGUUCCUGAACUGCGAGUGGACGUGAACAUCACGCAGAGCAGCGUCGUUCCUCCUGUUCUGAGUGUGCCAGUCGGAGGGGGUGUGGUCAAUGUCAGUGAGGGCGGUACCGCAGAGCUUGUGUGUUUGGUCGAUGGAAAGCCCCGCCCACCUGUUCUGUGGUCUCGUGCAAACAAGGACCUGCCCAUGCCAUCGGGGGAUUGGGUGGUGGAAACACGUGAUGGACGUUUGCGUUUGACCAAUGUGACGCGGGACAUGAUGGGCGCAUACCGUUGCCAAACCGCUCCUUACAACGGCCUAAACAUCAAACGCCGACAGGGUCAGGUGCAGCUCAACGUGGAGUGUCUGAUUUAUGAGCCAGGUGGCUCUGCCUGUCUCUCUGGAGCUGAAGACAGGGGGAUGCUGUCUAACACCCCGUCCUGUCUCUCUGUGUCAGGAGAGACAGACAGCGUCUGCCUGAAAAUGAACCACGUUUCACUGAGAGGCAUCCAGAGGCUAGCAGCUCAGCCGUAUAAUGCAGAGUUUUACUACGACACUCCAAACCCCAUUCGCACCCUGAAGAACAAUUAUUCCUACAUCUUACAGUGGACACAGAAAGAGCCCGGCGCUGUGGACAAAACCAUCGGUUACUGGAUCAAUGUCCAACAGGCACAUCACCAGUGUAAGCUUCAUGCCUACACUUACCCAAGACCUUCAGAUCACGUGUGUGGGUUUGAGGACAUUAGGAUAUGUGGGUUCACUCAAGACCGCAGAGAUGUGUUUGACUGGACCAGACAGAACCAUCUCACACAGAACCCCAAACGGUCGGUUAAUACAGGGCCGGAUACGGACAGGAGUGGGACAAAAGAAGGUUACUACAUGUACAUUGAGACGUCGCGGCCGCGCCAGGAUGGGGAUAGAGCUCGUCUCCUCUCUCCAUUGUAUAAUGUUACGGCAGCCCGAGGACCAACGGGGACCACCAGAACCCCCUACUGUGUCUCCUUCUACUACCACAUGAACGGAAAACAUAUGGGUACACUCAAUGUUCUCACGAGGGUGAAGAGCAUCGCCACUGUGGAUUCUGCAGUCUGGUCUCUCUCCGGACACCAGGGGCCCGAAUGGAGGAAGGCGGAUGCUGAGAUCUAUCCGAGCGGACCCUUCCAGGUGGUGUUCGAAGGUAUCCGUGGAAACGGCUUUGAGGGAGACAUCGCUAUCGAUGAUGUUUCUGUUACCAAGGGGAAAUGCAAACAAAAGGAUAGCGUGGACAAAACAGCAGUUCUGUCUGGGACACACCAGAGUCUUCACCUUCUUCCUGUGAUCGUCCAGCUGCUCUGCACCAUCUUUCUGACAUUCCUCCUCAGAUGAUACAGAUACCCCUCAGCACACACACCGCCAGUGUAGGACGCCCCCACGGCAGCAAUAAGAACUGCCCCAAAACAUGACCACCCUUCCUGCUACUGCCUCCAUUUCCUCCUGUUUCUCAUUCCCUUUGUCCCGGCUGCACACCUCCUCUUACCAUUCGAGUCUACUGUUUCUUUGGUUUCUUGUCAUCUUUGUGGUCACUUGUUGAGCUUAUAUCUGCUAAGUGGCACCUUUUAUGUUUUAUGUAAGCAUAAUUUAUGUUAAUUUUGUUCAUUUCUGUCCAUAUGUCUUGACAUCUUCAUCUCAGUCACCCGUGUAUGUAUCUGACACACCAAAGUGUCAAUUAUAACCAAAGAUGACGGAGGGCUUACAGGAUGAACAGACGGCUGAAAGAGCAACAAGGACGUCCUUUCCCCAAAUGAACUACUCUUUCCACAGACUCAAGUGCAUGGAGAUGUGAUUUUCUUAAGACACUCAGAUUGCAAGGAAUAACGAGAGCCGGAACGGAUGAGUGAAACAGGUGGUCACGAAGUUACUGAUGACCUGAGUGGACCUGUACAUGCACGUGUACAUGAUAUAUUGGAAAGUAUCAAGCUGCAGAAAGGACAAACGGACUCCGACUGCAACUUCUAGGACUAUGACAAUGUGAAACUAAAGAAGCACAAAUUGAUAUAUAUAUAUUUUUUUUGUAGUUAUUUUGGUUCCUUUACUUGGUAUCCCGUCAGUCUGGGUUUGCUGUACUCUUCUUGACCUUUGGCUUUCUUUACCAGAAACCGUGUGUCACUGCUGAAAACGACACAAUGUGAACUUUGGACCAGAAGAGCAUCAGUUACCUCACCCUCAAUCUACAAGAACCAUAACGCACCUGGACAACUUAUGAGAAUGAUCACUUUUAGCUUCAAUAAAACUGCCGGGAGAGUGUUGACUCACUGGGUCAGUCGUUCUCGUUCAGCAAUAGGACCGUACAUCUGACUGCAAUGAAUAUUAUUUGGACACAUAGACUCCAACAGAUGGACGCCUCUGGACAGACAAACUCCACUCUUGGCUUUGAUGAUCAAGAAUGUCAUUUUGCAUAGUGUUAGAGAGAAUCGCAUGUGCGUGCAAGCUCUUCAAGGGGUGCCAUUGACAAACUUCAGACGUAUUUUAUUUUGGAAGUUUUGAG